AUGGAUAGGAAGGGCAAGGGCCGUCAAAAGAUUGAGAUGGUGAAGAUGAGUAACGAAACCAACCUCCAAGUAACUUUCUCAAAACGAAGAGCUGGUCUUUUUAAGAAAGUUAGUGAAUUGUCCACUCUUUGUGACGUUGAUAUUGCGAUGAUUGUUUUUUCCCCAGGUAAGAAGGCUUUUUCUUUUGGUCAUCCUUGUGUUGAAAAAGUGAUUGAAUAUUUCAUUUAUGGUAAUCCUCCACGAGAUACUUCAGGAGCCAUGACGCUCAUUGAGGCUCACCGCAACUUAAGGAUACAUGAGCUCAAUAUGAUCCUCACACAGGUUAUCAAUCAAAUGGAAAUCGAGAAAAAUCGCAAUGCGGAGCUUAAGGAAAUACAAAAAAAAAAAUGUGAGAGUAAGUGUUGGUGGAUGGGUCCGAAAAAGGAAAUGAGUUUCUCACAACUUGAGCAUUUAAAGACAUCUCUUAAGGAAUUGAAGAAGAAAUUUACUAAAGAAGCUGAGACGAUUAUAAUUCAGAACAAAUUAAACAUGAUGCCUCAUGUAUUGAACGACCCAAACGCGAUACCUAACGUGUUCAAGGAUAAUCCCAAUAUAUAUAUUCAAGGAAAUGGGAAAAAAAGAUUCUACUAA